GUUUGCAAGACGCUCGGACCACCAUGGGGAUAGCAAGCAAACAAACGAAGUACAAAUAUUUCGAAUCACCUGGGCCUCCCCGACUUCAAACGCAACUCGAGCAGUAAGGCCACAAUGGACACUGACAUGACCAAUGGCUUUUCUUUCAACAAUGAUUAUUCUCCAGGCGAUGGAGCACCGGUUGAACCGUCCUGGGAGCCAUUAUUUGAGCCCGACUUAUUCUUUGACGAUAUUGAAAUCCCAGUGGAUGAAGAUCCAGCUGCCACAGAGUACGUGACGCCAAGCCUUGAUACCGCCGAAGGCAAUCUCGACAACAGCACAACUGCUCCGCUUCACCAGACGAUACAGCCCCGUUCAGACAAAGAAUGGGAUGAUCGCCGACUAAUUAUCGAGACCUUGUACUGGACUGAAAAUAAGACGCUUCCGGUGGUUAUGAGGAUUAUGAAGCACGAUCAUGGAUUUGACGGAACGGGGAAACAGUACAAGCGACAGUUUGCGCGUUGGGGGAUCGAGAAAAAUGUCAAAUCUGACGAGAUGCGAAAAAUCAUGCAGAUACAAGAACGAAGACUGCUAGAAGGCAAAGAGACUCAAUUUACUGUGCGGAACCGACCAGUCCCUGAUAACAACAUCAAGAGGUUUGCAAAGAGGACGCAGCCAAAGGUGACAGCAGACAGUCCUGCGUAUCAAUACAGGGUCUACACCAGAGUGUAUCGCAUAUUACACUCCAGGGUCUGA